GCGGCUCCCGCUCGUGCCCCGGAGUCCCCGCCGGCCGCGGAUCCGGCGCUAGCAGCUGGGGCUGCCGAGGAAGCCGCGUGCCCGCCGCCUCGCCAGGCGCAGCCCCCGCAGAAUGUCCUCGCUGCCCCGCGGCUUCGAGCCCCAAGCUCCCGAGGACUUGGGGCAGCGGAGUUUGGCGGAGCUGCGGGAGAUGUUGAAGCGCCAGGAGAGACUUUUGCGCAACGAAAAAUUCAUUUGCAAAUUGCCCGACAAAGGUAAAAAGAUAAUAGACUCUGUUGCCAAACUGAAAGCUGCCCUUGCAGAACGUGAAGAAGUUAGAGGGAAGAGUGAACUGUUUCAUCCUGUUAGUUUAGACCAUAAGCUAAGGCAAAAAGCAGUCGCAGGUGUGGACGUGGACACGGAUAAGGCCCAGAACUCUGACCAGAUCCUUGAUACUUCAUCACUAGUUCCUGGCUGUUCCUCUGUAGAUAACAUCAAGUCAUCUAGAACAACCUCACAACAACAGGGACUUGUAUAUCCUACUCACAGAGGUGAUGCAGAGGCUCCAGAGGUUGAGUACGCAGUGAACAAGUGCCCAGCUUCCAGCAGCAGAGACAGCGCGCCUUCCUCAUCCAAAGCUAGCGAGCGUCUCCCUCAGCAUCGUGUUUCAAGUCAAGCAGAAGAUCAUUCUAGCAGCUCUGACAACCUGUUUAUUGAUAGGUUACAAAGGAUCACAAUUGCAGACCCAGGUGAACACCACUCUGAAGAAAACACCAGUACUGAGAACUUGACAGGCCUUUGUAGUGGGACUCAGAAGAAGCCUCAUUACUUGGAAGUGCUCGAAAUGCGAGCCAAAAACCCAGUGCCCCCACCACAUAAAUUUAAAACCAAUGUAUUACCUUCACAACAAAAGGGUUCACCUAGUCAUUGCCAGAGAGGAGGGUCUCCUGUUUCCUCAGAAGAAAGGCGGCGCAGGGAUAAGCAGCAUCUGGAUGACAUCACAGCAGCUCGGCUUCUCCCACUUCAUCAUCUGCCUACGCAGCUGCUCUCCAUAGAAGAAUCUUUGGCACUGCAGAAACAGCAGCAACAGAGUUAUGAGGAGAUGCAAGCCAAGCUCGCAGCACAAAAAUUAGCUGAAAGACUGAAUAUUAAAAUACAGAGCUAUAACCCAGAAGGGGAGACUUCGAGGAAAUACCGAGAAGUGAGAGAUGAAGAUGAUGAUCAGUCCUCUGAUGAUGAAUUCUGAAGAUGGGCAUUGGGAUAAUCCCCUAAAUCUCUGCCUGUUGAGAUGUCAUCGUCAUACAUCAGACUUCUAAGUAUCGAGAUCAGUGUCAGACAUUGUUGAGGGAAAUAGUUUUAUAAAGUUAGCCAAAGGUAGCUAUAAAAAUAGCCCAGCUUCACCUUCAGAAGAUAACUUUCAUGUGUUUGAAAAGUUUAAUAUUUGAAUAUUGUGUUUAACCACACUGUAUUAAAGUUUCGCACUAUGUUGUGUGUUGGUCUGAUACUUUAGUAUAUAGAAGAGCGCAUUUUUUUUCUCUAAGCCAAAUGGAAGCAGAUAACUGCUUUUUUUACUUAAUAUUACCUUUGUCAAAUAGCAUUUAUUACGUCUUUCAGUGAAAUACUUAGUUGUCCCAGGAACAUCUAAAAUGAAUUAGGACAAUAUAGUUCCCUCCUAUUUUGAGCAGUCUAGAGAAUUUUGUGCAUGUCUGCAUGGGGUUAUGGAGGUAUUGGAUGUGAAAUACCUAGGAAGACACCCGUAGGAAAUACUUAACAAAUGUUUGUCUCCUUCUUAUGUCUUCCCUUAAGAAGAAAUGUUAUCUUUCUUCUGAUUAGGAAUAAGAAGUACUUUUAGUAAUGCUGGAGGGUGGACGGUCUUUCUAGAUGACCAGAUCUGCCUGGAGUAUAUGAGGGUUAGGAAAAGCCUAAGAUGACUGAUGCAGGUGAAGGGAGUAGCUGGUCCUGUGCGUGACCUGACUUGAGUUCAUUGCUCUUAACAGAUGAUAGGUUCAUUUACAGUACCUUCAAGUUUGGUGAGAAAACCAAUUUCUUUUAAAAGCUACAAUGGAAAUGUUGUCCAUACAUUGCCUUUUUUCCCCCAGAAGAGACAUACGUAGGCUGGAGAAGCCUCAAGCUAACAUGUUUAUGUAAUUUUAAAGGAUUAUAUGGUUGUCUCCAGAGAAAUUAACACUUACGUUAUCAGUUCUUUGUCUAAUAUGUUGGAUCCUUUAGACAGUGUUGAAAGGAAGAAUAAAAUAUUAAUUAGAGCAACUUCAAAAUGUUAAUGGUGAUGUUUAGCUAGUGCUUAAUUAAGUUUAAUUUCUUACUGUAAAAGAGACUGUUCGUGUAUGAAACUUGACUGGAAAUACAUUUAGGACAGAUGUAUGUGUGAGAGGAGGGGCUCGGUUCUGUAUCAUGCACUUCCAGUUGUGGCCACUGCUUUCCGUCCCCCUUUUGCCCCCUCAAAAAGCAAAUGUAAAAAGUAAACUGAGCUAACAAGUUCAUUGUUUUUAAAACUAAUAGCAAAUGAUUUCACAAUGUAGAUUAUUUGAUGUUAUUUGUUUACAGAAUAAAAUAAUACGUGUUAUUUCUGGAAAGUGGGAUAAUAUGGAAGGGCUCAUGUGCGUUUGUAUCCAGUCUCUUGUAAACCUCCCAGAGGGAGCCCUGAUAACAUUUGGGUGUGUGUUCUCUUACUUUUCUAUGCAUAAUGCAUUUAUAUUUUCAAUAAUGCGGUCAUGCUAUAUAUUGGUUCAUAGUCUGCUCUAUAUAUUGUAAACAUUUUCCCAUAUUAAAUAGUUUGCAUUUUAGAUUUCAGAUAGCUGCGGAAUGUUCCAUUUUAUGGGUGUACCAUAACUUUUAAAAUCAACUUCUUAUUGUUUGACAAUUUGAUUAUUAAUUAUAAUGUAACCUGUAGACAAUGACGCAAUCAACAUCUUAAAAGAUAAUCACAUUGUAUAAAAAUGACUUAUUUCCAGAAAAUACCUUUCUAGAAGUGAAAUUGCUAGGUGAGAGUGUAUGUAAGUUUUGGAGAUCUUGAUAUAUGUCACUCACUACAAAGAUUGUGUUCCUUUACCUUCCUGUUAGCAAUAUAUCAAACUCCCAGAACUGAAAAUUACUGUUUAAAAUCUUUGCAAAGUGAAUAAUUGCAGAAAAGGAUUACCUUUAAAAUUUGUGUUUCUUUGAUUACUUAGUGAAGGUUGAGUUUUUUCAUGUUUAUUGGCUAUUGAUAUUCAUUCUUUUGAGCAUUGCUUAUUCAUAUCUUUCCUAUAUUAGAGAGUUUGCUGUUUUUAUUGGUUUAUAAGUUCCUUGUGAAUUAAGAUGUCCAUCUUUUGUCAUAUGUCAUUAUUGUUUUAGCAUGUUAUUUGCCUUUUAAUACAGUUCAUGGUGUUUCUG